GCCACCUUGAGCAUUCUGACCAUCUACUCGCUCAAAAAUCUUUUCUGGCAGCCAAAGUUUCGAGCCACGCGGUUUUGCGACACCUACGACUACAGACUCUUUCGACUAGUCGGAAGCCAUGGUGAGGGCGCAUGUAAAGCAGUCGCCAGAGGAGAAGAAGGAGGCUCACAAGAAGAAAGUUGCUGCAAAGAAAAAGAGUCCAUCGGAGAGUGGCGUGUGGCCGUGUAAAAUCAAUGGAUGUAACAAGCAGUUUGCGAGGGAGGCCGACCUUAAGCGGCACCAGAGGACGACGAAGCUGCACUCUAUGCCGGGAUUCCGUUGUCCUCAGUGCGAUGCCACUUUUACUAGGACCGAUGCCCUUCGUCGUCAUCAGAAAUCGAGGCACAAUGGGGUUAUAGUGGAGGCGGACGCCGAGAUGAAGAACGGCGAGGGAUCGUCCGCAUCGAAGUCACGCAGCCGCAGCGGAACUCCCGCUACAGAUGGCAAGGGAAAGCCGGAGGCGUCGGGUUCAGGCAGCAACACUCAAGCCACUCCACCAGGACCAACCAGCUACUACAGACCACACACUCUACACGCCGGCUAUGCCGCUGCUCCCAGCGGAAGUGGGGAUUACCCCUCGACAAUUGGGUUGCCCACGUCGGCUACUAGGGGCAGUUGGCCUGCUGCACCAGCUUGGACCCCGGAGGGAGGCCCGCCUCAGAUGGGAUCGUAUCAAUCGUACUAUCAACCUUCGCCUUAUUAUCGUACUAGCGCAGGGGGCCAACCCAACGGCGACAAUCCUCCGCCACCUGUAGAGGGUAGCCAGAGCCCAGGGACCGGUGCCCCGUCGACGGCUGAUAACACAGAUGCUGCGCCUCCGGGGCCCAAUGAUGCUCCGCCCGCGCCCACUUCGGCAGUGGUUGACCCGCAGUUGUCUCAACAUUCGGAAAACGUCUCCAUGAAAGAUGUCGAUGGGAAGCCCAGUAGCGAUGCGCCCUCCUCGAUUACUGCCCCCGUGAUCGACCCCGCGUUGGAAGCCAGUUCCAGUGCUUCUGCCUCCCAACCCGUGCCUGCGGACGGCAGUGAGGCCAAGCCUGUCUCGAUGCAGAUGACCGCUGCCGCCAUGCAGGCCGUCAUAGAUGCGAUUGCAGCCAAGCCUGCAGGAGACCCUACUAAUGCCCCUCCUCCUCAACAGCCAGCUGGAGACGCUGAGCCGAAGAUGGCCGAGGCGCCUGCUGUGGCAGAGGCAAGCGAGCAGCCAGCACCACCCUCCGGGCAAGUAGCGGAACAGCCCUCGACUGACCCGGAUGCUCAAGGCCAUGAUACAGAGGCUGAUGCCGACGGUGAGGCCGAUAUAGAUCUCCCGCUCGACGAGCCCCAAGGACAAGAACCCGUGCGACCGCCCCCGAUGGAACCGAUGCUGACUGAGGAUGGUGAGCCGAUGCUGAACCCCGGUGAGCACUUCAACUUGGAAGUCUUUGCGGAUGUAGAGCGGAGUGCUCAUGCUAUCAUAGCCGAGUUGUUGACACAGGAAUCUCUGGCUUCCCCACCCCCUUCGUGA